AUGGCGGUGUGCGCACGCCUUUCACUCGUUUUACAUCUGCUCUUCUCGACAGUCGUUUCUACUGAGCUUGGAAAUGAAGCUAUCCCAGCCUAUGUCCAGCCUAACACAGACACAUCGCCAGCAAAACCCGACGGACCUAUCGUGCCCGAUCGAAGCAAGCCGACAGUGACGGUCACCCUGAGUAGAGCACACCCACCUGCGCAGACAAUCUUUGUUCAGCCUGUGCCUGUUGAAGGCUGUAAGAAAGUACAGGCCGCGGGUGUGAAGGGCGAUGAAACGCGUGCCGAAGCCAUCAAGGAGGCUUUUAGACAUGGAUGGAGUGGCUACUCGAAAUAUGCAUAUGGAAUGGAUGAGCUGCAGCCACUCAGCGCGAAGGGCAACAAUAAUCGUUAUGGCUGGGGUUUGACAAUCGUCGACUCUAUUGAUACUGCCAUAAUCAUGGGUCUGAACGACAUUGUGAGCGAUAUGCUUGAUUUCAUCGGAAAGAUCGACUUUACCAGGACGCGUGCAGAUCACAUCAACGUGUUUGAAACCAACAUUCGCUACAUUGGCGGUUUGCUCUCUGCGUACGACUUGCUGAAGAGUGGCCAGUUUUCGGGCAACUACGACGAAGACCAAGUCGAUGCACUUCUUGAGCAGGCCGUGACGCUCACAGAUAGAGUCGCGCAUGCCUUCGACACGCGAACAGGUCUUCCAGCUGCCGACCUCGACUACAACAACGGCAGACCCAUAACCGCAACGUACACCGACCCUUCUAACAACGCAACGUACAACUCUACCAAUGCCGCCUCCAUCGGGACCUUCAUCCUCGAGUUCACCCGACUCUCCGACCUAACUGGCAACCAGACCUACCGCCAGAUCGCAGAACGCGCGAAUAGCUACCUCAUCAAACCCAGCCCUUCUCCCAUCUAUCCUGGUCUGAUCGGCACUCAGUUCGAUAUCGACACGGGCGAAAUGCUCACAUUCGACGGCGGCUGGCAAGCAGGUGUAGAUUCCGCUCUCGAGUACUUGAUCAAGACCUACCAAUACCACACCACGAACACCACAACCACAUACAAAGACUUCUGGCUGAAAGCCGUCGAGUCCACAACCGAGAACAUCGCGGUGCAUCCUUACGGAUUUCCGGACUUGACGUUUGUAACCCGUCUCGAUAACAAUGGCUCCCUGGAAUACCUCGCGGACACCUUCUCUUGCUUCGCAGGCGGGAACUUUCUCCUCGGCGGUGCAUUUCUCGACAGCCCUGAUAUUACAGAUCUGGGUGUAGCAUGGACAGAUGGAUGCCAUAAAAGCUAUAACAGCACGUUGACGGGUCUCGGUCCUCUAGCAUGGGCGUGGUUCAAUGAGACUAAUCAAGCCUACGAUGCUGAUAAUGAGAAUGACGCAGCCGCGAGGAAGAAUGCCGCACGAAAGGGGUUCUGGAUAUUCCCACAAGUGGAGAAUUGGUUCUCAAGGCCAGAGCCGUUGGAGAGUGUAUUUUAUGCUCAUAGAAUUACGGGUGAUGAGAGGUGGGCGGACCACAAUUGGGAGAUUUUCAAGGCGCUCAACGAAACAUCGAGGAACAGCAUUGCAUUUGCGGCUGUGAACAAUGUCGAUAUGCCGGAUGGUGGAAGUCUCAGUGACAGUCUCGAUUCAUUCUUCUUUGCAGAGGUGCUGAAGUACCUCUACCUUACAUUUGCGGAGCCUGAUGUUAUCGAUCUCAGCGAAUGGGUCUUCAACACCGAGGGACAUCCUUUCAGAGCAACUUGUGCUGGUGGUGCGAGCAGUAGCCAUGGGAGUGCUCAUGUGCAUGGAAGGCGACACAUACAUGGCUUGCCUCUAUAG